AUGCUCCUUUUGUCUUUUGCAAUUAAUUUGUACUAUUUUUUUUACUGUUCAGAAGAAGAGAUGGAAAGGCGCCUUUUGAAUAGGAAUCAGGGAAGAGUUCACGACAACAUUGAGACAAUCAGGAAGCGGUUCAAAGUUUUUACAGAAUCCAGUUUACCUGUAAUUGAGUAUUAUAGCUCCAAAGGGAAGGUUCGGAAGAUUGAUGCUGGAAAGCCUGUUGAAGAGGUCUUCAAGGCUGUCCAAAGCGUUUUCUCUUCAGCUGUAAGAACGUAA